GGGGUUGUGAAGUAAUCUAGAAUGGCGUAAUAAGAUUUCAGUGUCUACUACCACUAUUGACUACUGCUAGAUGGCACAUUGAGUCUGUGGAUCUGUCAUCAACAACAUGCUUGCCUUGGAUGCAGCAAGGAAAAAGACGAUUGACCGACGGAGUGAGGACGUGCAAUUCUUUUAGCAAUGGACUAAAACAGGAACGCUGCUGCUGGGCACAAGACAGUGGGCCUCCACCAUCCUGCCAUGGAGGGGUCAGCUGUAAAAAAAAAACUGGGAUAUGGGCUUCUCAAAAAAGGUGACAGCAGCAGUGAGCAGAAGAAACUCAACGGCUCCUCAACAGAAGCGCCGAGCUAUCAUAACCUGCACCGAGAGCUGCUGCUCAGCCAUAAACGGGGUCUGCUGCUGGAGGAGAAACCGGAGCUGAAGCGAGUGUUGGAGCAGCGCAGACUGGAGCUGCACAAGGAGGCGGAGAUGGCACAACGACAGCCCUCAGACCUGGAGAUGGAGCUCCGCAAGAGGCAGCAGAAACUGCAAGAGUACGAGCAGGAGGAGAUCAGGCAGCGAGAGAGUCAGCAGAAGAUCCCAGAGUUUGUCCGUGUGAAGGACAACCUGAGGCGCACACAGACGUUUGAGCAGUGAGGCCCUGAGGCUCUCCCAUCAGCCCCUGCAGCAUCUCACCAUAGUGGCCCUAAAUCUGGAUGUUCACAGUCUACAGAGCUACAACCCGCAUACACCAUUUUGCUUUACGUUUCUUCACAAUGUACUUUGAGUUAUCACAUUUUGUGUAAGCAAUCACUCAUACCAGGCUAACAUGUAAUCCAGAAAUACACUAUUUUGCCAAAAGCACUCUCUUGUCUGCUUUCACAUGCAUAGGAACUUGAGUGACAUCCCAUUCUUAAUCUGUAGUGUUUAAUAUGAUCUCAGCCCACCCUUUGCAGCUACAACAGACUCAACUCAUCUAAGAAGGCUUUCCACAAGGUUUAGGAAUGUGUUUGUGGGAAUUUUUGACCAUUCUUCCAGAAGGUCAAAAAAUUCCAUUAGUUGGAUGAGAAAGCCUGGUUCACACUCUCCACUCUAAUUCAUCUCAAAGGUGUUCUGUCAGAUUGAGAUCAGGACUCUGUGCAGGUCGGUCAAGUUCCCACAAAGUUGGGAACAUGAAAUUGUCCAAAAUGAAUUGGUACGCAGAAGCAUUAAGAGUUUCUUAAGGAGUCAAGCUCAACUCCUGAAAAACAACCUCACACUAUAAUCUUCCACUACCGAACUUUAUACUUGGCACAGUGCUGUCAGACAAGUACUGUUCUCCUGGCAACUAGCAAACCCAGACUCAAGCGUGAUUUGCCACUCCAGAGAACAGGUCAGUACUGCUGUAGAGUCCAGUGGCGGUGCGCUUCACACCACUGUACCUAACGCUCGUGCUUGGUUACGUGAUGCUUGGAUGCAGCUGCUCGGCCAUGGAGACCCAUUUCAUGAAGCUCUCUACAGACUGUUCUUGAGCUACUCUGAAGGCCACAAGAAGUCUGGAGAGAUUGACUGCAGAAAGUUGCUGACCUCUGCGCAUCCGUUGACCCCAUCCUUGUGAUUUUUAAAUGACCUACCACUUAGUGGGUGAGUUGCUUUCAUUCCCAAAUGUCCUUCACUUUGUUGUAAUAUCACUAACAGCCGACUGUUGAAUAUUUAGUAAUGAGGAAAUUCCACAAGUGGACUUGUUGCACAGGUGGCAUCCUAUCACUGCACCAAGCUGGAAUUCACUGAGCUCCUGAGAGCAACCCAUUCUUUCACAAAUGUUUGUACAAGCAGUCUGCGUGCUAGGCUCUUGAUUUUUUUUUAUCACACAAGUGAUUGAAACAGCUAGACUGAAUAUGAAUGAGUGAAUACUUUUGGCAAUAUAGUGUACUUCCAUAAAGUCAGUCACAGUUCUUUUUCUGAUUGGGAAGUGAAAUAAUAGAGAAAGCUCGCACUGAGCUAUGAGUCUGGAUUUUUUAAAAUGUUUUUCUAUACUAAUUAUACUAUUUUUUUUUCCAAAUUAGUUUCACAUGCUUCUUCCAGGAUCAAAUGAGCAUGAGAUAUCAGUUAAGCCUGAUUCUGUCCUUCGUAAAGACCAUUAUGCAACUGCUGAGAGGAACAUUUUCAACAGAGCUGUUUUGUAUGAAUAAAAAUUCCCCAACACUG